ACCAAACGUUCGAGGGAGGAGUCUAUCAGCGAGGCUGAUAUGCCUCGCGUGGGAAGUCCACUGGAUCAAAGCGAAGCACCUCCCCAAGUCCAUACUCCCAAGUAUACACAACUGGAGCCUCAAAGCAAGGAGGCCAUCACAAUAAGAUGCACACUGCCGCCGCAUAAACCAACAUCUUUCACAACCUAUCGGGACUAUGAAACGCACUAUUCCAAGCUACACACCAAUCGCUGCAGCGAAUGCCAGAAGAACUUCCCAAGUGAUCACUUCCUUGAGUUACACCUUGCAGAGAAUCAUGAUCCAAUUGUGGCCACGAGACGAGACAGAGGCGACAAAACGUACGCCUGUUUCGUCGAAGGCUGCGACAAACUCUGUCGCGAUUGGAAGAAACGCUCAUUCCAUCUGAUCGACAAACACCUCUUUCCCAAGAACUACGAUUUUCUCAUCGUCAACAACGGCAUCGACGGUAGACGGAGCAUGCUGCGACCU